GAGGAGGUCGCGUCGCUUCUCGCGUCAGUGAAACCCGCGUAGCCGCGAGCCCCUUUGUUUCUCGCGAAAUAGUUCAAGUGAAAUUAUUGAAGGUAAACACCUGCUGUUUUCGCGAUUCUUUUAGCUAAGAUAAUACCGUUCGAAGCUGAAUAUCGAGUGCUCUGUGUGUGUUUUCCUGUGAAUGCUCAGUGUGGUUGCAACCUGUCCCGUCGUGGAAACGAUUCUGUCCUUUCUCGGUAAGAGUUGAAUAACCGGUCCCGGGAAGGAGGCAUGUCUCCGCCGCCGACUAGCUUCGCUUUCCCAAAAUGAGGCGUGCUUAAUUAAAAGUUUUCCAAGUUCGUUGAUCUCACUUGUUUUGGUGCCAAUCAUAUUUUCCGCGAGGUAGUGUGUUUUUUAUGUGCACACGUGUGAUAUUGUGUUGUGUUGAUUCUCAUAAUUGGAUAACCUCACCACGAAGGAUUUGUUAGCCGAUCCAGCAGAUUCUGCUCGUUGGAUCUUACAGAUCGCUGAGCCGCCAGGCCUCGCAAGACAGCGAAGCACCAAAAGAUGAGGGUUUUCAGCUGACCCGUCAGAAACAUGGAACUACAGAGCAUCGGCGCAUGGCAGGUGAUAGUGUCGAUCGUCUUCCUCCAGAUCUCGAUCUCUGAGCCGAAGAAGGAUGCGCACUGCGGCCCGUCCGGCCCGGUCAACCAGCCGCGGUUCACCAAGUGCGUCUACAACGCCACCAUCCCGGAGAACUCCAUCAAGGGCAAGACCUACGUCACGCCGGAAGAGAAGAUGGGCAUCUACCGCGGCAACUACGACGUGGACGUCAAGUUCAAGAUCAUCUCCGGCGACAAGAUGAAGUUCUUCAGGGCCGACGACCGGCUCGUCGGGGAUUUCUGGUUCCUGUUGAUCCGGACGAAGACGAGCAACUCGGAGGUCCUGAACCGCGAGAGGGAGGACAAGUACGAACUGGAAGUCAAAGCCACGAUCACCGCCCGAAACGAACGCGACAAGCGGCACACAUUCCACGAGUCCAUAGCCAAAGUAGUAGUAACGGUGCUGGACACCAACGAUCUCAUCCCCUCUUUUUACCCCUACUCGUAUGAGGAAUUCGUACCUGAAGACACGCCGCUUCACGCUAGUAUCCUGAGGGUGUCAGCCGACGAUGCCGACCUCGGGCGGAACGGAGAGAUCUACUACAGCUUCUCCGAACUCGACGAGCAGUUCGCCGUCCACCCGACGACCGGAGUGAUAUCGCUGACUCGCCCGUUGAGCUUCGUCGACAAGUCGUACCACGAGCUUACAGUCCUCGCGAGAGAUCGCGGGGCACCUCUGCAGGGGAGCGGAAAGCCCGCCUCGGCCGUUUUGAAGAUCCACGUGAAGCAGGUCAACCUCUACUCCCCGGAGAUCUACGUACAGCAGAUACCGGAUAUCGUCGAGCAGUCCAACGCGGAUAUCUACGCCAUCGUCCGAGUCGAAGAUAAAGACAAGGGGAUCCACGGGGAGAUCGACAGCAUCGAAAUCGUCGACGGAGAUCCCGACGGUCAUUUCAGAAUACGGCCCAGUAACAUAGACGGCGUGCGGAAGAAAGGGGAGUACAACAUCGAGGUUCUCAAGUUACUGGAUCGGGAAACAGCGCCGCAAGGGUACAACCUUACUCUGAGGGCGAUCGAUAAAGGCACUCCUCCCCGGCAAGCGUUCAAGUCCGUGCAAGUCCACCUAGCAGACGUCAACGACAACGCUCCGAUCUUCGAUAGAGAGGUUUACGAGGUCGACGUCCCGGAAACCAUCCCGAUUAACUCCCCCGUGAUCAGACUCAAAGUCUCGGACGCUGAUCAAGGCAAGAACGCUCAGGUUAUCUUGGAAAUCGUCAGCGGGAACGACGGUGGCGAGUUCUACGUCAACCCGGAGACGGGUAUGCUGUACACUGCCGCGGCUCUGGACGCCGAGACCAAAGUCCAGUACACUCUAGCAAUAAGCGCCAUCGACCAAGGCAACGCCGGAACGCGGAAACAGUCUUCCGCCAGGGUCAAAAUUAACGUGAUAGAUACUAACGAUAACAACCCCGUUUUCGAGCACCCUGCAAUAGAUGUCACCGUCAACGAAAACGAACCCUCGGGGACGUCCGUUAUCAAAGUCUCCGCUAAAGACAAAGACAAAGGCGAAAACGCUUAUAUAUCUUACAGUAUAGCGAAUUUGAAACCUGUGCCGUUCGAGAUCGACCAUUUCUCGGGCGUCAUCAAAACGACGCAAGUUCUGGAUUUCGAAUCCUCCCGAAGAUCCUACGUCCUCCGGAUCAGGGCCUCCGAUUGGGGCCUCCCGUACCGGCGCCAAACCGAGAUGCAAGUCAAGAUCAACGUCAAGGACAUCAACGACAACAGGCCGCAGUUCGAGAAGGUCGACUGCCGGGGGCACGUUUCCCGCUCAACGCCGAUUAACUCGGAAGUGAUGACCCUCUCGGCGAUAGACUUCGACGCCGGUAACAUAAUCAGCUAUCGGAUCGUGUCCGGGAACGAAGACGGUUGUUUCGGACUCGACGAGCAGAGCGGUAUCCUGUCGGUCAAGUGUGAUCUGGCCGACGUCGACGUAUCGGAGCGAGACCUGAACGUGACGGCCACCGACGGCACUCAUUUCGCCGACAUCGUACAAAUUAGGAUAAUGCUGAACGACCAAAUAUCUAAGAACGAUCCGUGGACCAAGCAACCGAUCGACGGCUUCGGCGAGAAUAGUGACUUCCAGUGCAAAGACACCGGCGUGGCUAGAAGAUUACAAGAAGUCAUCGCCUCCGCUAACAAGAACAACGCUGCCGCGGAUGAUAGUCAGGAAUUUGCCAUGAUGCCGAGCAGGUACGGAGAGAAUCUGCACAGCCCGGAGUUCAUCGACUUCCCUGUCGAACUGCAAGUCAACGAGUCGGCGCCAUUCCCUUCAGUUCUCCUUCGAGUGCGCGCCAGGGACAGGGACUUGGGCUACAACGGUGCCUUGGUGUACGGUAUAUCCUCCGGUGAUACAGACUCAGUCUUCCAGAUGAACUCAUCGACCGGCGAACUAAACCUAAUCGGUCGUCUGGAUCGGGAGAGAGAAACCAAGUACGUGCUGAACAUCUCCGUGUUCGAUCUCGGGAAGCCCCAAAAAUCCGCCUCGAAGACUCUUCUAGUCACAGUUCUGGAUGUGAACGACAACGCUCCGAAGUUCUCGAAAUCCCUGGCUAGUUUCAGGGUCUCGGAGGUGGCCUUGAACGGCACCGUCAUCUUCCGGUUGAACGCGACGGACGCCGACCUGGGUAACAACGGGAGGUUCCUCUACUCUCUUCUGACGGACACCCAAGACUUCGCGGUGGAUCCUAUCACGGGAGCGCUGACCGUCUCCGGGAAUCUGGAUCGGGAGAAGCAAGACACCUACGAGCUGAAGAUCCGCGCCACGGACUGCGCCGACACCCCGGGCAACAUCCACGCUCUCCACUCGGACGCUCUGGUGCGGAUCCAGAUCGACGACUUCAACGACAACGUCCCGACGUUCUCUGCGCACAGCUACACGGUCAAGGUCCGCGAGGACACGCCGGUAGGGAGCGUCGUCGUCGUUCUGAUCGCCUCCGACCCGGACCUCGGCGAGGGGGGCCAGGUCCGCUACUCCAUGGUCGGCGAGCUGGAGAGCAACAGCGCCUUCACCAUCGACCGGCUCACCGGUGCGGUUCGGAUCGUCAAGCCCCUGGACUUCGAGGACCGGCAGGUGCACAGCCUGUCCAUCUCGGCGAAGGAUAACGGGGACCCGCAGCUGUCGUCCGAGACGGUGCUCAUUGUCGAGGUCGUCGACGUCAACGAGAACUUCUACGCGCCCCACUUCAAGGAUUUUGUCGUGAAUACGUCUGUGGCGGAGAACCAGCCGGCCGGGACGAUCGUCACCACGGUCUCGGCUGCGGACGCGGACUUGCCCGGGGAUAAUUCCAGAGUCGGGUACUCUGUUCAGGAUGGCUCCGGACUGGGCUAUUUCUCGAUCGAUAAUGAAGGUGUUAUUCGGACGCUAGCGCCACUAGAUGCAGAAUCAAAACCACAUUAUUGGCUCACCGUUUUCGCAUACGAUCAUGGUGUGGUUCCACUCCAUUCAAGACUCGAGGUGUUCGUGGCGGUGAGCAACGUGAACGACAAUGUGCCCCUGACGGAGAAGCCGGCGUAUACGGCCUACGUGCCGGAAAGUUCCGGUGGCGGUUCACUGGUGCUGCAGCUCUCGGCCUCCGACGCAGAUUUGGACCCCGCCCAGAACAUCACCUACCGCAUCACCAGCGGCAACCCGGAAAGCUUCUUCAACAUCGACCAUACCUCAGGACUGAUCACCACCACAGGCCGAAAAUUAGACAGAGAAAAUCAGCAAGAACAUGCCUUAGAGAUUACAGUCUGUGAUGAUGGCACCCCAAGUUUGUCUUCAACCACUCGUGUGACAGUCAUUGUCAAUGACACCAACGAUAAUGCCCCAAUCUUCGACCAGAACUUCUAUACUUUCCGAGUUCCCCAAACAAAAACAUUGGAGCAAGCUAUCACUUCUCAAACACUUUCGAAUCUCAAUUCUGGUGAAAUUGAUGCAGUUUUCGAGAAUUUUCAAGAAAAUGGCACUUGGCAAUCAUUCGAGAAACAAGAUUUGCUCGGUGAUGCUCUGUUCAGGGUGAUUGCUGUAGAUGCAGACACAGAUGAAAAUGCACGCCUUUCCUAUUCUCUGCAGAGUGGUAAGAAUAAAGGGAAAUUCACCAUUGAUCCAGAUACAGGAACUGUUUAUUCUGACGUAUCGCUGGCACCAAACGAUGGAUUUUAUCUGAUGGUUCGGGCCUCUGAUCAAGGCUCACCGAACAAGAGUGCCACAACCCGAGUGUCCGUCCAAGUUGUUGCCAUACCUGACGAAUCAGAGCAUCCGCCCACUUUGCACGAUCCCAUCUUAGAAGUCCAAGUAACCGAAAAUGAUCCAGUCGGCUUUCUCGUCGCUAUAAUUCAAGCAUCUGAUGAGGACCAAGACUUUUUGUGGUAUCAAAUCAUCGAUGGUGACCCCGAGUCAAAUUUCAUGAUCAGCAGAGAUAAAGGAACUGUGAUACUAGCUAAGAAAUUGGAUUGGGAAACAACAAAUAAAUACAAGCUGAAUAUUAGUGUAAGCGAUGGAGUUCACACAGUCUACUCACAGCUGAUCGUCAGUGUUGUGGAUAUUAACGAACAUCCUCCAAUAUUUUCUCAAUCAGUCUACAAAACAAACAUCUCAGAAAGAAGCUCCAUCGGAUCUGAAGUUCUGAGGGUUGAAGCUACGGAUUUAGAUGCAGAGAACAAAGUACUGUAUAGUCUUCAUGCUGCCAGGAAUCCCACAUCGCUGCAUUUGUUCAAAAUAAACUAUCAAACUGGCGCUAUCACCAUCAGUCAUGAUUUGGAUUGGGAGGGUAUCUCAGAGCACUUGUUAAUCGUCAUGGCCAGAGACUACGGAACACCCGCUAAGAAGAAUUUUGCAACUGUGAUAAUCAAUGUUUAUGAUGCAAAUGACCAUGCGCCAGAAUUCAGUUCAGCCAGCUCGAUUCAACAAGGCCAGGUGUUUGAAACUGCUAGUAUUGGUACAAUUGUCGCCCAGGUUGUCGCAACGGAUAAAGACCAUGGAGUUAAUGCAGCCAUCACAUUCUCUAUUACUUCAGGCAAUGUCGCAAACGCUUUCUCAAUUGACCCUGUGCUGGGCACAAUUCAAGUUGCCAAGGAGUUGGACAUGAGUGCUAUGUCUGAAUAUAUGCUUAUCGUUAAAGCAGUUGAUGGCGGAACUCCCCAAAUGUCUUCCACACUUCCUGUCUACAUCAUGCUUGUCAUGGCAGACAAUGCGCCUCCUAAAUUCCUCAAGCGGGAAGUUGCUGCCGAGCUGUACGAAAAUGAACCUGCAGGCACCAUCGUAACACAACUGGAGGUUAGGAGUGUCUCCCUCCUCCAAUAUGAAAUCCUGACAGGCAACAUGGAUGAUAUGUUCACCGUAAAUCCGACCAUGGGAAUAGUCACCACCAAGCGACCACUGGAUUAUGAGCAAAACAAAGUUUACAACCUCACCAUCAGUGCUACAAAUAUGGCUGGAGCAAAAGCUGUAUGCUCAGUUGUCGUGCACGUUCUUGAUAAGAAUGACCAUGCGCCGACAUUCACGAAAUCUGUUUACUACGGUUUUGUAAACGAAGGCACUCCUAUCGGCUCGCUUGUCCUCAGCAAUUCGAGCAACCUGCCUUUGAUCAUCUCAGCAACUGAUAACGACGCUGAGACCAAUGCCUUACUUCACUAUGAUAUUGUCGAAUCAGGACCCAAAAGAAUCUUUCACAUUGUUCCAAGUACUGGUGCAGUACGGACAGUUGUCAUGUUAGACUACGAAACUACCCCAUCAGUAGAAUUUCACGUUUUGGUCAGUGACCUUGGAAAGCCGCAACUUUCCUCAGACAUUUUAGCACUGGUACAUAUUGAUGUAGUAGAUGUGAAUGACUGUCCCCCUGUUUUCAUGCAGCCUUAUUACAAUGCAACUAUCCUCUUACCAACGUAUCCAAAUAUCGUCGUGGCUCAGGUUAAUGCAACGGACAAAGAUUCGGCCAAUCUGACUAAAUUGGUUUAUUCGAUCACAAAUGGAAAUGCUGGAAACAUAUACUCAAUAUCAUCCAGCACUGGCGUAAUAACAUUGAAAGACCCUGCUAAAGGCCAAUCUACAAGUCCGCAUGCUCUCAAAGUCUCGGUUACCGAUGGGCGCUUUACAACUGAUGUGAUGGUGUACAUAAGUUGGGAGAAGAGUGAAAAUUCCGGUCUAAUCUUCCAAAAAUCAUUAUACCAAGGAGUUGUCCAGGAGAAUAAUACUAAAGUCAUGACUGUUGCUGUGGUCAAUGUUCUUGGUAGUGAACUGAACGAGCAUCUAGUUUUCUCCAUUUUGAACCCUUCCCCGAUGUUCGAAAUUGGCCGAACCUCUGGCGCUAUACGAACAACUGGUGUGAAGUUUGACAGGGAGGCUCAGGAAUAUCAACUAAUCAUUGUUCAGGCCCUUAGCUUUGACGGGGAGAAAACGAAGGUUGCUCAUGUACCCGUGAACAUAACCGUUCUUGACACGAAUGAUAACUGUCCAAUGUUUGUUAAUCUACCAUACUAUGCAGUUGUCUCUCUAGAUGCACGCAAAGGAGAGGUCAUCACCAAAGUUCAUGCCAUAGACUUGGAUAAAGGUGAAAACGGUGAAGUAUGCUAUGAGUUAACUAAAGGCCAAGGAGAACUGUUCAAAGUCAGCCGCUUGACAGGUGAAAUCGUACUGAAACAAAGCUUAGAAGGGCACAACCGAGAAUACCAACUCACUGUUGCUGCUUACGAUGGAGGCACAACUCCAUGUCGGACAGAAGUUGCCGUCAUUGUGAAGGUCAUCGACAGAUCAUUACCAGUUUUUGACAAACAGUUUUACGCGGUAUCCGUUCCGGAGGACAUUGAUAUCCACACGCCUCUUUCAAUCAGCAUCAACGCAGAAUCAGCUCUGAACCGGAAGCUCAUAUACAGCAUUUCCGGUGGAAACAUCAACGAACAGUUCGCCAUCGAUUUCAACACAGCACCCGACAGUAACAAUGGGCCUUGUGUGCUUUAUGUAGUUGAUGAGCUGGAUUAUGAGACACGCCAGGACUACAGUCUUACUGUAAGAGCAACUGAUAGUAUCUCAGGAGUUUAUGCGGAGGUGUUGGUCAGCGUUAUUGUCACUGAUGUUAAUGACUCACCACCAGAGUUCCUAUCUGAUUUCUACAAUGUCUCCGUUUCUGAAGCAGCACCCUUUGGAUCCUUUAUCCUCAAAGUCACCGCCAAAGAUAGAGACACAGGUGAUAAUAAGCUAAUAAGAUACUCCAUUCAAAAAGACAAUAGUAAUCCGAAAGCAGACAGUAAUAUAGAUUAUUUCCAUGUCAACCCUGAAGAUGGCUCCAUUUUCUUGAAAAAAUCACUCGAUCAUGAAACACAUAGCUCUCAUCACAUCAUCAUCGUUGCAUCUGAUAACGGAACUCCUAGUUUAUCAACAACAGCGCAUGUGUGGCUAACAGUCGAGGAUGUGAAUGACAAUCCUCCGAAACUGGAACCAUCUGUAUUUGAGUGCCGACUCUCUGAGGAUGCUAUUCGUGGACAAUUUGUGACGGUCAUCACAGCGAGCGAUCCUGAUUCCACGGACCAUGGAAAGUUGACCUACUUAAUAACAAGUGGAAAUGAGCAACAAACGUUCUCGAUGGAUCCUACCAAAGGUAUAAUUACGCUGAUGAAUCUUCAAAAAUUGUCAGAGACUCGAAUGCACUCGCUCAACAUCUCUGUGAGUGAUGGUGUUUACACAAGCUUUGCACGGGUCCAUGUAGAAAUCCUCUCCGCCAAUCGCUACAGUCCUGUCUUUGAUGAACCCUUAUAUGAAGCAAAAAUAGAUGAAAACAUGCUUCCUGGUCAAAAAGUAACAAGAGUCAGAGCCGUAGACAAAGACAGUGGUGUGUACGGACAGGUCUCCUAUUCCAUUCCCUCCGACUACCUCUCAGAAAUUUUCCACAUCAAUAAUUUGACAGGUGAAGUAAUAACAAAACAGUCCCUAGACCGGGAGAAGACUAAAGUCUAUGAGCUGCCUGUGAUGGGAACGGACGGUGGAGGUCGGUCAAGUUUCACAGCCAUCCGCGUUCGGGUGGGCGAUAACAACGACAAUCCACCUGUCUUCCACUUGCCUGAAUACAAAAUCUGCAUACAGAGCAAUCUAGCCUUAAACUCAGGUAUUUUGAAAGUGAGAGCGACGGAUCCUGAUGAGAAUUUGAAUGCUCAGGUGGAGUACUCAAUUUACGAGAACACUGGUAGUGGAGUCAAGGAAUUGUUCAGUGUGAAUCGAGUAACUGGAGGACUCACCCUUCUUAAACCCUUAGUGCCUUUUGAAAAUCAAGUUUUCCAGUUUUUUGUUCGUGCCACUGAUAAAGGCACCCCAGCGCUUCAUGCAGAUGUACCUGUAAAUGUAUAUGUUAUGACUUCAGAGGAUAAACCCCCAGUUUUCGAACGCUCUGACGAUAAAUUUUUUGUUUCCGAAGCAGCUGUUCCACAGAGUGUCAUUACCAAAGUGAAGCUUGUCUCCGAGACACCGGCCAAAUUCCGUCUGAUCUGCAAUGCAGAUCUGUUUUCGAUUGAUGAUGAAGGACAAAUCCAACUGACUGGUCAGUUGGAUCACGAAACAGCCUCACGUCAUGUGAUUGGUGUGCUAGCGUACACAGACUCCAGCCCGCCACUAACCGCGCUUUCUGAGAUUCAUCUUCAGGUGCUGGACGUAAACGACAACAGUCCACGAUUCCACAGUGAAGAGUAUCACGUUUCAGUGGCGGAAAAUAUUCCUAAAGGAACUCAGAUUUUAAAAGUGCUAGCUGACGACAAAGAUGAAGGCAGUGAUGGAGAGGUACAGUACACAGCAACUGGACCAACGAGUGACAUUUUCACGAUUGACUCGCACACGGGUUGGCUGACCUCAUUGAUUCCGCUUGAUCGAGAGACGCAGGAAUUGUAUAGUCUAACGGUGAUAGCAACCGAUAGUGGCACCUCUCAGCGCUCCUCAACGGCCACUGUCCAUGUCAAAUUGAUCGAUUACAAUGACAAUCCGCCCAAGUUCUCGCAAGACUCAUAUUCAGCUUCAGUGAACGAAAACUCUCUCCCAGGCACUGUGAUCACUCAGCUUUCGGUCACUGAUGCAGACAGUGGGCAGUCACCAAUACAGUAUUUCAUCACAAGCGGUGAUUCUCAUGUGCAGUUUUCUAUACGCAGCACUGGGGAAGUUUUUGUGGCCAGGGCGUUAGAUCGAGAAUUCAUCGAUAGUUAUGAAUUGACCAUUCUGGCAACCGAUGGAAAAUUUGUCACCAGUACAAACCUAACGUUGAAUAUUCUGGAUGCUAAUGAUGAGCAACCGUAUUGUUUGAAAUCCCGGUACCAUCAAGUCCUCGUUGAAAAUAUCAACCCCGAUUCGUUCCUUUUGAAAGUUGACGCUGUCGAUGCCGACUUAAAUCCUAAACUCAAAUUUUACCUAACAGGAGAGAAGUCUGAAGAUUUCAGUUUGGACAAAGUUUCCGGUGAGUUGAAGACCGCUCGGCCCUUAGACAGAGAAACCUGGUCACACUACUCUCUCGUGGCACAUGUCCAAGACAAAGAUCGGCCUGAAUUUGAGUGCACAUCAAUAAUUGACAUCACCUUGACGGAUCUGAAUGACAACGCUCCAGCUUUCACUCCAAGUAAAAUUAUUGCCAACAUUCCAGAAGACUCAGACAUUGGCACGCUUGUCACUAAAGUUCACGCCACUGAUAAUGAUGUUGGGCUGAACCGCAAAAUCCGUUACACAUUAAUCGACUCAGCGAAAGGUUUCUUCAACAUUGCACCUGAAAGUGGUCUUAUUACGCUGAUGAAGCGCCUUGAUCGUGAAACACAAGAUCUGUACAACCUAACAGUCAAAGCAUCAGAUCAAGGGAAUCCCCCGCUCUCAAAUGUAACGAACAUUGAAAUCGUUGUAUUGGAUGUGAACGACAACCCUCCAGAAUUUAUGCAAAGGUCAUAUCAAGCCUCUGUUUCUGAAAGUGUGGGGAUCGGUACAGAGGUAGCCAAGGUCACAGCUACAUCUUCUGAUGUUGGUAUCAACGCAGAGAUCAUGUAUUCAAUCAUAGGCGGCAACGAACAUGGAAAAUUCAUGAUUGAUCCUGACACAGGGGUAAUCAAAGUUAGCCAACUGUUGGACUAUGAACGAGGUCAUGAAUACCUUCUGACAAUCCAAGCAACGGACAAAGGAGUCCCUCCACUAAGUAACCAGGCUGCCGUGAACAUCACAGUCCGAGAUUUCAAUGAUAACCCUCCCCUAUUUAGACAGAUAGCCUUCAUCGCCAAAAUUAGAGAGGAUGCCCACCCUGGUGACAUCGUAACUCAGGUUUCAGCAACAGACCUUGAUAGUGGGCUUAACGGUAAAAUCGCUUUUACCAUCGAACGUGGUGACAGCCAUCAACAGUUUGCUAUUGAGCGUGACACAGGUUACAUCACUGUUGCUCGGCCGUUGGAUCGGGAAAUGGUUGCCAACUACAACUUACAAAUCCAAGCGACGGAUCUGGGUGAUCCUCCUCUAUCAAGUUUCGUCAUGCUCAAUAUUGAAAUACUCGAUGUGAACGAUAAUAAUCCUCUCUUCACACAAACGAACUACACUGCUGUUGUACAGGAGGGCAAAAACCCAGGCUGGACCGUCUUCAAACUCUCGGUAACGGACAAUGACAUUAGCCCAAACACAGAACCAUACACGUUCGACAUCCGCGAUGGCAAUGUCGGUGGUGCGUUCCAAGUUGAGCCUGAUGGUCGUGUGAGAACGGCUGCGCGGCUGAACCACCAGCUUCAAGAAUCGUACCAACUUCUCAUCCGAGUCUUUGACAACGGAACACCACCUCUUUUCUCCGACACGACUCUGACUGUUAAAGUGUUCCCUGAAUCACAGUUUCCACCCGCUGUGACUCCACUUGAGAUAUGGGUCGGUUCUUAUCAAGAUCGGUGGCCUGGAGGUGAGCUGGGUAAGGUGUUUGUUUCGGACAAAGACCCGUAUGACACCCUGAGUUACAACAUCGUUGGCCCGUACUCUAAUUACUUCUCAAUUGACUCAAGAACAGGAACUCUAAGUGCUGGUCCUGGUUUAGACUCAGGGAAAUAUUAUGUCAAUGUCUCUGUCAGUGACGGCAAAUUUACUACCAAUUCAUCAGUGUAUGUUAUGGUCGAACCCUUGUGGGAUGAAACUCUGAACAGUGCCGUCAGCAUCAGACUGAGCAACGUGAACCCUCAUCAAUUUAUUCUGAACCAGAGGAAAGGAUUGAUGAAAUCACUCCGAUCUGCCUUGAAGCGUGAUGUGUCCCUCAUCAGUGUGCAAGAAACUCCACAAGGUCAUCUGGACAUACUACUCGCAGUUAAACAGGAUAUUGAUCUAGUUACCAUGAAUGAAGCAUUAAAAGCCUCAGGCUUGACCACAGUGUCAUUCCCUUGCGAGUGCGUGAACGGAUCCUGUAAGCAGCACAUCACACUUCACGCGGACAAAAUUACUCCGAUAACAACUGAUAUCACCAGCUUUGUUGCUCCUGCCCAUUCGCACCGGCUGUACUGUGCAUGUCAUCUUGGGUUUACAGGUGAGCGCUGCGACAUGAAAAUCCAAGCCAUUUGCAACUGCUCAGAGAAUGAGAAAUGUAUCCUCUCUGAAAAACUGAACAACUACAGCUGUGAGCUCACAUGCGUGAUCAACAACACAUGCCCUCCUCCGAUGUCCUCUGGCAGUUACAGCAUUACUUGGGAGGAGCUGGUCGCCAGUUCAGCCAUCUUCAUUUCCAUCAUUUUCCUUGUCUGCAUAUUCAUUUUGUACCGGAACUGUCGAAGCAGAUCUCGAGCAUCAAGGGAAGAUAAGAACAUUCCUGUAUUAAACUCGGACGUCAAACGGACCUCCAAAUUGAGCAAUCUUGAAGUCACUCAGUGCGGAGUGCGGCCAGCUUCCUACGUUGCAACUACGCACAAUGAUGUUCAUAUUCUAGCAAGGCAGCUAAACAAUCUAGAUACGCUGCGAAGCUACGGCUCAGCCGGCGAUGAACUUGAAACUGUUCCUCCUGACUACCUCAGAAAUCUGAAUAAUCCAACUCCUGGGAACAAAAUAAAUAACGAUUUGAAGCGUGUGUCCGAACUAACAACUAACAACCGAAUAGCUAGGAGAUCAUUAAGCUGUGUAGAGGAUGAGGCUCGCAUGAUCGGAGGUAGUUAUCACUGGGAUUGCUCUGACUGGGUGCGGAGAAGUCAAACCGCGUUACCAAACAUCACCGAAGUGCCUGGGAGCGAAGUCCCCGACUCGUCGAGCUUUCACAGCAACGAAAGUAAUGAAUCAAAUUUAGACAAUACAUCCAUGCCCCUGAACGAACAAAACGACCCAAGUGUCCUCAGUAAACUGAAUUCUCGACAGUUCUCAGACUACCAAGAUUUUGGUGAUCCUGCCAGAGACUUGGCAAACCUGGAUGAAGAACUUUACAUGUCAUACCGCAGUGAGGAGGAUGACGUCAUACCUUACGGUUUCCCGGUGCAAAACUAUAUUAGUCAUAGUGACCUCUCGACCAAUGUCUGUGAUAUCGAAGAUUCUGACGUUCCGGCCUGACAAAACCCGAAACCUCUGGUCUUGGAGUGCCAGAUUUAAUACUUGAAUUUAUUGAUAUUUCUAAGAAAUGUUGACAGAGGAACUGCAUUUGAGAAUUUUAUGAAAAGAUCUAAACAGCUAAUUUCAUGAAAAUUUCUCUCUUUAACUGUAAGGUAAAAAAGAUAACUUCGCAACGAUCUACUAAUGUAUUGUCAGAAUCUUCAAGUAUCUGACUGCAAUAUUUUAAUUAAUUAUGUACAACUGUGAAAUCUAUCUUUUAAUAUAUUAGUGCAAUUUAGAAUCAAAAAGAUUCGUUCAAUUUGCCGAAACUAUCAGAGCAUGAAAUGGAGCCCUACUAAAUGUAGCUCUGGGUAAAUAUAGCCCUGCCUGACGGAAUAAAAAAGCCUUGCAAAUAAAAUUGCAUCUCUUUUUUAUGCAGGUAAUUUUUUUAACCUUGCAAUUCUGAUCUUUUUAUACUUUGCCUCAUUCGCAACUAUUUGGAAAAAUCAGAAAUUCUUGUAUUUGGCGUCCAACUCUAGGCUGGUCUUUCGCUAAAAGUGCCGAUCACCAUGAUCUCAUAAGUAAUUCUUCACAAGUAGGGAUAGUUGAAGCGUUAAAUGUAAGAACAUCAAAUUUUUUAUUUCGAAGACUCUGUUUUCAGGUUGUUUUUACAUGUAUGGCUUCAAUUACCUUAAAUAUGUAUCUAUAUGAGCGUCAGUAAUUUCAAUUUUUUCUGUCUUAGAUUUAGAUUAAGUAUUAUAAAUUUCGAUUUCCUUUUUUCUAAUCGAUCAUUCUCAUGUCUAGACCAAUUCUUUGACAAAAUUCCAGGAGGUCUGAUUUUAGGUAGAGUCAAAAAAUUAUGACAAGCAACUUCAAAAACUAUAUUUUUUGUAUUGUUGUCAUUCAUCUCCUUCCGUUUUAUUUGACUUACGUAAUUUUACUUUAGUAAGUUUGAAUGGAAUUACAUUUAGGCCUAUUCUUGCAAAAAAUUAAUUUUAUUGUUUUCUUGUAAAUGUUCUGACUAAGUUCCUUCUGAAGUGAUUGAACCGCUCAGUUGUUUGAUCGGGCGGUUUCUCUCUGUAUUAUCACAAUGAUUUUGAGUUGCUAAUUGUAAACUAUCUGGUCAAUUUAAAGAAUGAGUGGUGCAGAUAUAAUUUCAGAAAAAUUAUUCAAAUUUUCAACUUGCUCAGAAACAGCAAGACAUUUCAUCAUGUUGAGAUGAAUGAAUGUACCUAUAACUAGAUGCUAUUUUUAUUUUUAAUCACUUGGAAACCCUUCUUUGUCUGUGUAGAUAGUAGCGUUUAACUAUUGUGCAAGACAUGAUCAACCCGAGUGACAAAUAUCGUAGCAAUGUAAUCUAAGCUGUCAUGUGUAACAACCAAAUAAUUGUCCUUCAAUUUGUUUUCCUUGCAAAUUUUUUCUUCUCAGAGACGUUAUGUUACUCUUUUGUAAAUAAAUUUUGGGCUCGUAAUUAAUUUUUUACAAAAGUUCAAAGAGGGCUGAUUGUUUAAGAAUCUAAAAAGUAUAGAACACUUGCGAAAGUAAUUGGUAUUUUCUAAUUUGUAGAACUAAGUAUGAAAAUCAAACUUGACAAAGAUUUUACAUAAUUUUAAGCAAAUUAGAAUGUUGAAAGUUUUUCAGUAACUCUGCAUCACUGGAAUGGAGUUGUUUUAAUUUAGCUGUUUGGAAAACAGAUCAGAUUUAAUCCUUGUAUUAUUAAUUAUACAGUUUCUAUAAAAUACUCUUACUGAAUGGAAGGGUGACAAGUUUUUAAGUAGUUCAGAAAUCUCCCUGUCAAACUUCAUGUUUCCCUGCUAUCAGAGAAUUUUGUGUUCGUUUAUUUCCAACAACAUGAAGAAUUUUUAGAGGUACUUGUCAUGCAUUACUUUAUUAGUAAAUGAAGAUUUUUGAAAUUUUAUGCAUGAAAGCUUGAAAAAUUUAGAAAUUUCAAAAUUAGAAACUUAGGAUGAAAAUACUCAGUUUGCAUGUAAAAAAAUUGUCACCCUGAGUUAGGUCUUGAAAACUAUCAAUCCCUUAAAAACACUGUCUCGUAAAAAAAAAUUGUAUAUCUUAAAAAAUAGCAAAGCAUUACGACUAUUGUCUAUUUAAACAGCUCUUUUCUCAAUACUUACGUGUUAUGUUAGAAGAGACAGUCUCAAUAAGAAAAGAAUUGAUAUGUGUCUAAUCUGGAAUAGCUGAAGUUUUAAUUUUUUCUAAGUAGUAGGUACCUGAAAUGAUAAGUCUCAAAAAUCUUAUUUUUUUAAACCCGACCAAAUUGCCUUAUAAAAAUUCAAACAAAUUCUAUUUUUUCUUCUUGUUGUAGUUUCGUCUAUUUUACCUUUUUCUCUAAUUAAUUUUCAUGCCCUCUGUGAUUAUGAUUUGAUUGUAGAUUGUGCAAAUUUUUAUUGAAGAAAUCAUCGCUCUUAUCUUGAGACUGAAGGGUUGUUUCUGUACUUUAGCAAAACUAUUGAUUUUUAUGGACUCUGUAUCACCGUUUUAUGAGUACAUAUUAGACAAAGCUUAUAAAGAUUUCCAAGGCAGUACCCUUCUUUGCUGUCAGAAAUGUACCCUUUACCUCAAAGACAUAUUCCCUGUAGUUUAACGUAAUUUACUUUUGAAAGCCUUUCACUGUCAUUCCACUAGAGCUCUUAUUUGUUGAGUCUUUGUUCAUCUAUUUUUUUACCAUUUGUAAACGAUGUGUAAAUGCCAAGGAAAGUAGAAUUUAGGAGAAUAUUUGUGGUACGUUUUAAAAGACUGAUCUUCUCAAUUCUUGUAAAUAACUGGACAGCCAUAAUUAUUGCCAUUAUUUUUUUAUGUGUACCUAACCGAAUUGUAAUUUGUAAAUACGCUUUUUUGUACUAAAUUCAAAAGUAAUUAGUCUAUAGUUUAAUUUAUCUCAAACUUCAAGUAAAAUUGAGACAGUGUUCUAACUUAUUUUUCUCUUGUUCAAAAGAGAAGUAUCAACUAAAAUCUGCCCGCACAUCGUAAGUUUUUCUGAAGUAUCUCAGUUCUGGAAUUCUUUUCUGAAGUGAUUUCUCAACCUCCUUCCAGUUUUUACAUUUCCAUUUGUAAUUAUGAAAACUUUAAUACAAUCUCAUCUCUCCAAAAUCCCUGUAAUAGUCUCUAAGUUUUAAGCAUCAAUCAACUAAUCUAAAUUAAAAAUUUGUCUUCUGUUAUAUUUGGUAAUCAGUCAUUCACACUAAUUUCUUGCAAAAGACUUAUUCCCUUUUCAUUAUUUUCAAGAGCAAUAUCCUGUUCUUUUUACCUAUCGAAAAGAAAAUUUAUAAAUUGAAUUUUUUAUUGAAGAUUUUCCUGUUCCUCCGUUGACUGCCUCAAUUUCUUGUGUUGGGUGUCACUAUUUUUCUCAGAUGAUGAGUUGUAAAAUUUACUGUUUAAUUUUUUGUCCUGUAAAAAUAUUUUGUAGGAAAUCGUGUACGUAUUGUAUUAUAAUAUUUUCUCCUUUCUUUUUGACUAAAGAAAUCCAAUUAUUAA